AUGGCGACCACAUCCAUUCCAAAGCGCCCAUUGGGCAAGGAUGGUCCUCUUGUGAACCGCCUGGGCAUCGGAUUGAUGAGCCUUCCACCAAUAUUUGGCCAACCAAAACCAGACGCUGAACGCCUUGUUUUUUUAGACGCCGCUUACAAGGCUGGAGAACACUUUUGGGACACUGCCGACAUCUAUGGCGACAGUGAAGACCUCGUUGGUCACUGGCUGGCUGCAAACCCAGACAAGAGAAAGAACGUAUUUUUGGCUACCAAGUUCGGCAAUGUGAUGGAACCAGAUGGCACAGCCUACGUCAGAGGUGACCCCGAAUAUGUGAAGGAGGCGUGUCGUCGAAGCUUACAGCGUCUGCAAUCUGCAUAUAUUGAUCUUUACUAUUGUCACCGGCUGGAUACAAAGGUUCCCAUCGAGAAGACUGUCCAAGCUAUGGUGGAUCUGAAAAGCGAGGGCAAGAUAAGGUAUCUUGGCCUCAGUGAAUGCUCUGCCGAGUCACUCCGACGUGCGCACAAAAUUCAUCCGAUUACGGCUGUGCAGGUCGAGUAUUCGCCCUUCUUCCUCGACAUUGAGGAUCCUGCCAUCGAUCUCUUGAAGACUUGUCGAGAGCUGGGAGUAGCAAUUGUUGCAUACAGUCCAUUGGGUCGCGGUAUUUUGACAGGCCGAUAUCGGUCUCCCGAUGACUUCCCUGAGACUGAUUUUCGCCGCAUGAUCCCCCGAUUCUCCGCCGAGAAUUUCCCCAAAGUUUUGGAGUUGGCCGAUGAGAUUGGGAAGAUUGCUUCCAAUGCAGGAGAUUGCACUUCUGCUCAGUUGACACUGGCUUGGCUAUUAGCACAAGGCGAUGACAUUUUCCCUAUCCCAGGCACCGCAAGCCAGGAGCGAUUUCAAGAAAACCUGCAGUCGCUUACUGUUGUGGUCGACAGCAAGAGCAAUGCCUCGAUUCGAAAGGCAGCAUCAGAAGCCGAACUACCCGGCGAUCGUUACCCUGCGUUCAUGUUGCCCAAUCUUUUCGCAGACACUCCUGCCCUAGCUUCAUAG